AUGGGUUCGGGUGGUAGCACGGGAUACGGCAAAGGACGCAACGAGGCAAAGGCGAAGAGCGAAGUAUCGCGAUUAGAAGUGACGGACUACACGAAGAGGCCACUUCACGCCAACUUUGGCCGCGCCAUCAUGACGCCGCGCAUACUUUCCGCGCUGCCCCCGCCGCCGCCGCCGGCGGCGGACGAUGACGACCAGUACGCGUGGUUUCUGGAGGACCUCGACCGCCCGGGGGAGUGGGAGGCCUACCCGGCGGAGGUCUCUGAACGGCUGGACGCGGCGUGGAGUAGCGGGCAGCGUGAGUGUAUCAUUCUCACGAAGAUGAGGCGGGUGUGCACGGUAGACCUCGGCGCAAUGGUGCAGCUGGCGUCGGGCAGCAGCGGGCGUCCGCGCAAGGUGAAGCGGGUGGCGGUGGAGAAGUGCGGAGAUUCCACGGUGCGAGAAAAGCGCCACGUGGCCGCUGACCCCUUUCUUGAGGAGGCGCUGGAGGGCGCGGGCGGCGAGGUAGACGGCGAGCGCGGCGACGGUGCCGGUCCGGGCGGCGAGGCUGACGCAGGCGACGGCGAGGACGCCGGCGCCGACGCCGCAAGGCUGCCACGCCUGCUGCGCUCGGUGGUGACGCAUUCCAACACCCCCUUCACCAUCGUCUUCUCCCCCUCCGGUCGCGAGCUGCUCACCGGGACGCGGGAGGAGCUGCUGCGCUGGGACGUAGAAACGGCGGUGGUCCUGACGCAGUACGGCAUCCAAUCCAGCACCGUCUUGGCGGCCGCGUACUCCGCCGACGGCAACCGCAUGGCGUGCGCCGGGAACAAAAACGUUGCCUGGCUCUUUGACACAAACUCCCCCGAGGCGGCGUUGUCGUUUAAGGGGCACACCCAGAAAAUAUACGGCGUUGGCUUCCUCGCGGGGGAGCAGCGGCUCGUGACGGGCGCCAUGGACAAAACGGUGCGCUGCUGGGAUGUCCAAACGGCCACCUGCGUGCUGGAUAGCGAGUGUCACACCGCGCCCAUCUUUGCGCUAACGACGUCGAAGCUCUCCGACUGGCUCGCGCUCUCCGGCGGCGACGAUCACGUUGUCUGCGCGCACGACUUCCGGGUUGGCAACGACUCCGUCACGGCGAGGUUUCUAGGACACAGAAAAACCAUCUGGACUUGCGCGUUUCGCGGCGAUGAGCAGCAGUUUGCCUCGAGCGGCAUCGACAGAAUACUGAAUAUAUGGGACCUGCGACGGCCCAGCGAGCCCCUGCUGAAGAUUUGCCACCACAUGCAGCCGGUGCACUACGCGGAGUAUCUGCCGCAUAACAGAGGCAUCUUGACAUGCGCGCGGGACGGGACCGUGCGCCUCACGGACGCGGGCACCGGGGAACCUGUGUGGCGGGCAAAGGCGCACAUCGGAUACGUCUUUCGUGCGAGCUACCAUGCGGAGACGCGGAUGAUGGCCACCAGCGGUGGGGACGGGAAGGUCAACCUCUGGCGUUAUGAUAACGCCGAUAAAUGGUAA